UCAGCUACCAGUGCACUGAUCCACUCUUGAUCUUGAACAACCAUAGGAAGCAAUGGCUUACUCCAAAACCAUAGCUUGCCUGUUCACCAUGCUGCUCCUUGGUCCGACCAUCAUGGCUACGGAACCUGACCCUCUCCAGGACUUUUGUGUGGCCGACCUCGAUGACAACGCGGUCCGGGUGAACGGGUACCCGUGCGUGCCCCAGUCGGAGGUCGGCGACGACUUCCUCUUCUCCUCCAAGCUGGCCAAGGGCGGCAACACGUCCACCCCGAACGGAUCGGCCGUGACGAGGCUGGACGUGACGGAAUUCCCCGGCGAGAACACGCAGGGUAUCUCCAUGAAUCGCGUGGACUUCGCGCCCGGGGGCACCAACCCACCGCACAUCCAUCCGCGCGCCACGGAGAUUGGCCUCGUGGUGAAAGGCAAGCUCCUUGUGGGGAUCAUCGACAGCAACGAGUCCGGGAACAAGCUCCACUCCAGGGUGGUGCACGCCGGGGAGAACUUCCUCAUGCCGCGCGGCCUCAUGCACUUCCAGUUCAACGUCGGUAAGACGGAGGCCUCCAUGGUCGUCUCCUUCAACAGCCAGAACCCCGGCAUCGUCUUCGUGCCGCUCACGCUCUUCGGCUCCGACCCGCCCAUCCCCACGCCGGUGCUCACCAGGGCGCUCCGGGUGGACGCCGAGGUGGUCGAACUUCUCAAGUCCAGGUUCGCUGGUGGGUCUUUCCAGGCCUCCUAA